CAGAGUACCAGACUAGCGGCGAGGAAUUCAGCGGAACUUUUCAAUUUGUGAGAUGCUCAGAUCCGUUUAUGGAGAAAAGCUACAUGUAACUUGGAUUUGUUCGUUGCCUUAGCCUUUCAGCGCGCAAUAUGGACAUUCCCCCUGUCCAUCACUGCUUUAUGUUGUCUGCUGAGAAUGAAAAGAUGAUAAAAAAAUUGAAGAAACUGAAAAGGCGUAAUGGAGAACUGGAACUGAAGCUGCGAGAUGUUAAUGAGAGACUGAGCCAUGAGGAGCUGCUCAGAGAGCACGCCCACUAUCGAAGUGUCAGCGUACAGACUGAUCCGUCAGGCUACAGACCCUACGCAAGGCACCUACAUGUAAAGCCAAACACAAGAAGCAACAAGCAAGACAACACUGACGAACAAAAGAGGGCUGACAGGUUACUGUCGAUGCACAACAAGCUAAUGAAACGCUACGAGAAAGAGUUGAAGACCAACACUACACACACAGAGACUAUUGCAGCGUUAAACCUUAGAAUUCAAGAUUUGGAAAAUCAGCUGCAUCGCUCCAGAGAGCAAGUUCAUCGUUUGGAGAGGUCACUGACCCCUAAUGGUCGCAGGAGGCGGGCUGGGAGCCGCUCACAUAGUGCCUCGCCUUUCACAAAUUCCCAAGAGUUCCAACGUUUGAAGAAAGAAAGAGACCAGCUGGCUAAGGACAAGAAGAGACUCAAGAAGGAGUUACAGGGGCUGGAUGAGGGCUUCUUUGAUGAAAUUGAGGACCUGAAAUACGCCCUGCAGCAGUCGGCCAAGCUGAACAAGGAAUACGAGAAGGCACUCCGACGAACCUGCAAACAGUUUGGUGUUCCGUACCCAAUGAGCAGUGAUGACGUCAGAGUGGCAUCUCCACACACAAGAGCCAGACCGAGAUGACAAUCCUGAUUCUAGGUUGGAUUUUUGUUUAGGUAGACAGAGGGUUGACUCGGACUGUGUCUACUCACAGUAUGGUGCUAUUUAAGGACAAGGAAUAGCUCCUUGCCUGUGCUGCCUCAAUCCUGCAAAAACCUUAAGAACCCCAUGGUGGAUUGGUGAAAGAUGUGGGUUAGGAUGAAAGGACUGCAAUGAAUUGCAUCAUCUUGUUGGAAAUGGAAAACAUUCCCAAUGAAAUCCAUCAUCCCUUACUAAUACUGCGAACUGACAAGUCUUUGAUCAGGAAUUUGCUAGAGCUCCUACAUUGUCACACUCGGAGGAUCAAUUCAUACCGGUCGGCGACAAAUUGAAUUCAGAAAAAUCUGCCCGGGUGUUCUGAGCUUUGUAUUUAUUGUUUUCCUAUGUCAGUAUCAAUUUUUUUUUGUAUGUUUAGCCGCACACAUUCAAAGCCUCGCUAAAUUUGACACAGAGGAACACGUUUAUCCAGGAUUUUUAAGGAAAAUGUUGUCUUCAUUUCUAAUUUUUUUAUAAAUAAAAUGAAGAGUUGUGUAUAUUUA